AUGUCACAAGGCAGGCCCAGAUUCCCCCCCACAAUGGGUAGUAUGCAAAGUCCACCGCCGGUUGGGCCACCUCAGCCAGCAGCAGUUGUAUCCUCCUCCGGACCACGGCCUUCGCAGCCUCCGCAGAUGCGUCCUAGCUACGGUGGUCAGCCUACCAGUGGAUCACCUUCUCCUGUGGGGCAGCAGGCGACCCCGUUUGCAGGCCCACCGAUUGCUGUGGGGCAACAGGCACCUCCAUUUUCGGGCCCCCCACCGAACAUGCGGCCUACUCAAGUAUCCUCCCAGUUUUCAGCGCCUAUUCCUGGUGGGCCCCAGCCUUUGGGCUCCCCAUAUGGCAUGCAGACAUGGCCAGCACAACCGAACCAGCAGGUAGCCCCACCUCAGAUUUCUGGUCCUAUGCAACAGCAGCAGCGGGUGUUUGGAAUGCCUCCAGGUGGGCAACAACCUCCAAAUCAAUCUAUGUCUGUGGGUCAAACAGGACAAAAUAACAUUGGUCCAGUCCAGAUUCCCCGCCUUACGCCAAGUUCUGCUGUAAUUUUGCACGAGACCCGACAGGGAAAUCAAGCAAACCCUCCUCCGCCUGCAACAAGUGACUAUAUAGUAACAGACACUGGAAAUUGCAGUCCACGCUACAUGAGGUGUACUAUAAACCAGAUUCCAUGUACUGCAGACCUUCUAUCAACAUCGGGAAUACAGUUGGCUUUAUUGGUCCAGCCUUUAGCUCUUCCACAUCCGUCCGAGGAACCCAUCCAUGUUGUUGAUUUUGGGGAAAGUGGCCCUAUCAGGUGUUCUCGCUGCAAAGGCUACAUAAACCCAUUCGUAAAGUUUAUUGACCAAGGAAGACGAUUCAUUUGCAACUUGUGUGGAUUUACAGAUGAAACUCCACGUGACUAUUACUGCAACUUAGGUCCUGAUGGCCGUCGCAGAGAUGCUGAUGAUAGACCUGAGCUAUGCAGAGGAACAGUUGAAUUUUUGGCUACCAAGGAAUAUAUGGUGCGGGAUCCAAUGCCUGCUGUAUUUUUCUUCCUUAUUGAUGUAUCCAUGAAUGCCAUACAAACUGGUGCAACUGCUGCAGCUUGCACUGCAAUCAACCAAGUUAUAGAUGACCUUCCUAAGGGUCCUCGAACAAUGGUGGGCAUUGCGACAUUUGACUCUACCAUCCACUUUUACAAUCUAAAACGAGCUUCACAGCAGCCGUUAAUGCUUAUUGUUCCUGAUGUACAAGAUGUAUACACUCCUCUUGAAAGUGAUGUUAUUGUUCAGCUCGAUGAGUGCCGCCAGCAUUUGGAGAUAUUGCUAGAAAGCAUUCCUACAAUGUUUGAGAGUAAUAGAAUUGCUGAUUCAGCUUGUUGUGCUGCAGUAAAGGCAGCCUUCUUGGCAAUGAAAAGCACUGGCGGCAAACUGCUUGUCUUUCAAUCCACAUUGCCAUCAACUGGUAUUGUGUCCCUUUCUGCUAGAGAAGCAGAAGGCAGAAGCAACCAAUCAGCUGCAGAAAAGGAGGCUCACAAAUUACUCCAACCGGCUGACAAGAAUUUGAAAACUAUGGCCAUUGAGUUCGCAGAGUAUCAGGUCUGUAUUGACUUGUUCAUUACAACACAAUCAUAUGUCGAUAUAGCCUCUCUCUCUGUCUUUCCAAGAACUACUGGAGGCCAGAUUGAUUGUGACAAAACAAUAAUGGUGACACUGAAACAUGACGACAAGUUACAGGAAGGUUCUGAGUGUUCUUUCCAGUGUGCCCUUCUAUACACCACUAUACACGGACAAAGAAGAAUCCGGGUUUCUACCUUGUCACUGCCUUGCACCAACAUGUUAAGUAACUUGUUCCGGGCUGCUGACUUGGACACCCAGUUUGCCUGCAUGUUGAAGCAAGCUGCUGCUGAAAUUCCGUCAGCUCCUCUUACACAAGUGACGGAACAAGCUACAAAUGCUUGCAUCAACAUCUUGUACUCUUACCGCAAGUUUUGUGCUCCUGUUUCAUCUUCUGGACAGCUCAUUAUACCCGAGGCACUUAAAUUGUUGCCUCUAUAUACACUUGCGUUGCUCAAAAGCGCUGGUUUACGCCAUGAUGGGAGAAUAGACGAGAGGUCCUACUGGAUCAAUCACGCAUCUCGUUUACCCACACCUUUGGUAAUUCCAUUGGUGUACCCAAGAAUGAUUUCCGUUCAUGACCUUGAUGAAAAGGAGUCGGAUGAUUCCAUUAUUCCCACUCCCAUUGAGCUUAACAGCGAGCAAAUUAGUGAUGAAGGAAUUUAUCUUCUUGAAAAUGGAGAAGAUUGUUUAAUUUAUGCUGGUAACUCAGUUCAGCCAAAUAUUUUGCAACAGUUGUUUGGAGUUUCAACCGUUGAAGAAAUUUCGAACCAGUUCACUCUUCAAGAAUUUGACAAUUCUUUGUCAAAGAAGCUGAAUGCCAUUGUAAAUGAAAUAAGACGCCAGCGGUGUUCUUAUUUACGCUUGAAAUUUUGUAAAAAGGGAGACCCUUCAGGGAUGUUGUUUUUCUCUCACAUGGUAGAAGACAAAUCGCUACAUGGGCUCUCAUACGUCGAGAAUAGGGUCAUAUCUUCUUCAACUUUGUUAAUGUCGUCUAUGCUCAUACCUUCGUCACUACUCGUCAAUGUCGUCUACGCUCAUAUAUAUCUUCUUCAACUUCGUCAAUCCCGAUUGGAUUAUUGUCUUCAACAAGAAAAUCAGGGCUCCGGCCAGCAGUCGUCCUCGACUUUGCGACCCAUCCUGUCGUUGCUCGCUUCUGAUUAUGCUGCCUCAGGGGGAUUCAGAGAAGUUGUCGCGAAGCUGGGACUGCUUGUUCGGACGGGAUCUGCGGCGGGUUCGCUUGUGCAGGCGAGGUCCGCGGCGGGUCGCCAUUCUGGUCUUGCGGGGGGUGUUGGUGGUGUCGUCAUGCUGGUGUUGUCGAUGGAAUCGUUGUACUGGUCCAGGCGGGGUCCACAGGCUCGAUGGAUUGCGGCGUUGGUGGCUCUGGUUCUGCGUCUGGGGUGGUGUUUGGUUGGGGUACGGCAGGUAGGUGGGACGCAGCUCCGGCGGUCUCGAUGUUUGGCGUCGGGGCGAUCUGAGUAG